CGAACACAUUACCCGCGUUCGCGGCUCUCUUCCUAUCCGGUCUACGGAUACAAGUUAUGUGUCGUUUAAUUUAACCCCCUAAACGUUACGAACCGUCUCCCAAAUGGCUUAAUAUACUUCGAGACUGUAUGAUUGACGUUAUUCUCUCUCGGGCGCGCUUUUAAACCUCGAUCAUUUCAUGACACCGUACUAGCAACUGAUCUUCAAAACAGCUUACGUGACUCGAUAACAUCAGAGUUACAAUGGCAAAAAGAAGAAAUGUCUCUAAAACCGUGGUGACAUGCGAGUGGGCGUCUUGCUCCUUUAAGAGUCAAAGCAUGGAGGAGUUGAGUGAUCAUAUGUCUUUACAUCUGAAGGAACAUCUUGGGGAAGGAGACGCCAUGGAGGAGCUAGAGGACUAUCAGUGUCUGUGGAGAGGCUGUGAGUUUUUGGCUAUGGGAAACCAGAGUGAGUUUGUCACUCAUGCGCAUUUCCACAUCUUCCACAGCAAGCUGAAACACAUUGGCACUCAGCUUCUUGAAUCCCACCCCGAACUGCCUAGCUGCACUCAAGAUCUCCAUAGUAACAACCUAGUUCCUGAAGUCUCCGAGGGUUUUGUCUGUCAGUGGCAGCACUGCGACAGUUCAUUUAAUAGUCCGGAGUGGUUCUACCGUCACGUUGACAUGCAUGCACACUGCACCGAGCUUCAGCCUCUUCCUGAUGGACAGCAGGCUCUGUUCUGCAGCUGGUCAGGCUGUGAUGCUUUUUUCAAGAUAAAGUACCGUCUGCGUGAACAUCUGCGCAGUCAUACGCAAGAGCGCCUUGUUGCGUGUCCCACCUGUGGAUGUAUGUUCUCAAGCAAUACCAAGUUCUUCGAUCACAUCCAGAGACAAGCUGAACCAGAAGAUUCGCUCACAUGUGGACAUUGUGACAAGGCGUUCGCCAACGAGAGGCUGUUGCGAGAUCAUGUCCGUCAGCAUGUGAAUCACAUAAAAUGUCCUCUGUGUGACAUGACAUGCACGUCUCUUUCCACCUUGAAGAUCCACAUCAAAUUCCGGCAUUGCGAUGAGAGGCCUUUUCCAUGUGACUUCUGUGAGAGCAGCUUCAAGAACCAGCAUGAUCUACGAAGACACAUGGAAACCCACAACGAAGGUGCAGCGUAUCAUUGUACAGUGGUGGGCUGCGAGUAUUCUUCACGUAUGGCGCACACCAUGAACCAGCACUACAAGCGAGUACAUGAGGAUAACAUGGUUCCAAGGUACAAGUGUCACCUUUGCGACAAGACGUUCUCUUGGUGUUACACACUUACCCUCCAUCUCCGAAAGAAUCAUCAACUGAAAUGGCCAUCUGGACACUCCCGUUUCAGGUAUAAGAAGGAUGAGGACGGGUACCUGCGGCUCAACAUGGUGCGCUAUGAGACUGUGGAGGUCACGGAAGAGUUAAUAAAGAACAUGGCUGUUAAACAAACCCCUCGCAAAAUCUCCAAUUCAACCCAAGGUCACUCCAAGGAGCCCGCGCUGCAUCCCGACAGCGGAGAGAGCACUCCUCGACACUCUUCCUCACCUUCAUCUCCCUCCUCAUCCUCAUCCACUUCAGAGCUCAUGGAGGGGGCCGACAGCAGCGCAUUGAAAGAGGAUGAAACGUCUGUGUAUUGUGUGUUGAGCACUGUGACUGAUGUGAAUGGAGAACCAGAGGAAGCGGAGUCUGGCGGGCCGUCAGGGGCUGUUAUAGCUCUUGCUGCGGUGGCUAGAGGUCUGGGAAUGGACGUUGUGUAAUAUCUCAUGCAGUUU